AUGGGCGUCAUGGAGGAGGUCUUCACCGACGGAGGCGAGGAUGAUUUUGGAAGGACGAUAAGAAGGCGAAGAAGAAGCGGAAGCUUUUUCUUCUUCUUCCUGGUACUUUCCUUUGGUAUGGAGCAGGACGAGAGCCCGCGAAUAACGCCUCGCCGCCCGAUCGGCGCGGAGCGAGGUAGUUACUCGGUCGACGACAGCCGCGAGUCGAUCGCGCGGCCGUUGACUGCCACCAAAAUGACGCCUCAGCAGAUCCAUGCCGACGGCAGCGCAAACCUCGGCCGCGCCGACAACAGCCUCAGCCGUGCCAUUCUGUGCCUGCAGUACGCCUUCAAGAACACCGCGCUGUACGGCGUCGGCGGAUUCCUCGCCGGUUACGUCCUCAUCCGUGGCGUCGAGCGCAGCAAGCUCGUCACCCGGUGGAGAGGCUGGCGCUGGCAUGUGCCGGGCGCCGUCGGCAUCGUGGCUUCAAUCUUUGGCUCGCGCAUGGGAAUGCUCGAGGCGCUCGAGGAGCUGCAGCAGCAGGGACACGCGCGCAUCCUCGAGGAGAAGAAGUCAUUUGCCGCCGACAGAAACGCCGCGGCGCCAGCAGAGGACCCGCCAGAUGCGCCGCCACCGCCGCUGGACGCGCCUCGGCCACGCCUGGCCGCGGCCGCGGCCGCAGCCACAGGAGCGACGACCAAGGACAGAGUCGCGGCGGCGUUUGCGCUGCGGGCGGAGCGGGAGAACUCUGAGAUUGUGCGCGAGCCGGCGGUCUGGAUGUCCUCCCCGCCCUCUACCGCUGCUGGGAGCUCGGCCUUGCCGCGGCCCUAG